CAGCUUUUCUGCUGUCUUGCUCAGAUGGAAGCAAACCCCCAUUCUGAACAGGGGAUUCUCAGUGAGGCUUACCCCACUGGCUGGCUGAGAUGUUAUCAAGUUAACCAGCAUUUCUAAAUAAUGAAAUGCAUUUUGCAGUUAUGAAAGUUCCUGCUUUCCCUCCACCCUGAACUGUUUUGAAACCCUUUCGAAGGGAGCUGUCAUCUUAUUGGGCUGAAAAGAUGGCACUUCUUAAAUUGUUUCAGAUUUAUGUGAGGCUCUCACUGCUGUCUUGAUGUCUCAUUUGUUUCUUUCCCAUCUAAUGCUUAAAUUGCUGAUCUCAGGUUUUCUCUUUAUUAGAAUGAAGAAUCCCUCAAUAGUUGGAGUCCUGUGCACAGAUUCACAAGGCCUGAACCUUGGCUGUCGUGGAACUCUUUCAGAUGAACAUGCAGGUGUGAUAUCAGUUCUAGCCCAGCAGGCAGCCAAACUAACUUCAGAUCCUACUGAUGUUCCUGUUGUGUGUCUGGAGUCAGAUAAUGGGAACAUCAUGAUCCAGAAGCAUGACAGCAUCACUGUGGCAGUGCACAAAAUGGCAUCUUGACCUUUCAUACAUCUGCUUGGUUCUUUUCCACCCUUGGACCAACUCUUUGUUGUUGGACUGAUCUAUUUCCUCUGCUGAUCUCAUACAGAAAGUGCUUGCAGAACUAAUUCUGGGCCAAUCUUAAAUAUGUGGUAGCUUCCCUCCUUAUUUAAACUGGUACUGUACACUUCAGUCAGGGUCUAACUUCCAGCACAGCCCAGAACUUACUGUCAAGCAUGGAAUGUGGUUUAACUUAUCUUGCUUGUGUAAUGAUCAAAUACCCUAACCUGUGGCCUUACUUGUUGACUUCAAUAAAUUAUCUGAGAUGAAAUA